CCUGACUCUUCGAACUCAGUAAGGGUAAGACUUGUACGACCUUACCACCAAAAGUCUGUUUAAAGUUGUUGGUCUUUAGAAAAAUAGUUAAUUCACGGUUCCUUAAUUAAAAGGUAAUACUUUUCAUGCAAUGGAAUCACCAGUAGGGUCUGAAAACUCAGUGCCGACGAAUCCUACGGUUAACUUGAAAAAACGCAGAGGACGACCUCCUAAAGGAAGUUACGCAGCAUUCGGUAGUGAUGAUGAAGACGACGAUGAAUAUUACGGUGGUCGCUCGCGUAGGAGGACGAAUCGUGCUCCAAGACCGAAGGUCUCAACACAGUCCUCUGGUAGCACGGUCGUUCCCAAAGAUUUGUAUGCACACCGUGCAGCCCUGGAAGAUGACGAACUCAAUUUUGGCGUAGUUGAUCCAGAAGGUGAGAAGAAAGUGAAUGAGCUUGGUUAUUUGAAUGGUGGACGCGAGUAUCGUUGUCGGACAUUUACUUGUCUGGGUAGAGGGAAUCGGUUGUAUAUGCUUUCGACAGAACCCGCGCGUGCUAUGGGCUAUAGGGACUCAUAUUUAUUAUUUCUAAAACAUCGUUCUUUACAUAAGAUUAUAGUGGAUGAUGCAGAAAAAUGGGACUUAAUUGAGCGUAAUAUUAUUCCACAUUCAUAUAAGGGAAGAGCAGUGGGAAUCGUCGCUGCGCGUUCUAUCUUCCGAGAAUUUGGUGCAAAAAUAAUUGUUGGUGGUAGAAGAAUCAUUGAUGAUUAUUGGGAAGGUGAAUUUCGUGCUCGUGGAUUUGCAGAAGGUGACCUAGCUGAUCCUGAGGAUAAGCUUCCCCCUCCAGGGAUGCCGUAUAAUCGAAAUCAAUAUGUUGCAUGGCAUGGUGCUAGCGCGGUGUAUCAUAUGCAACCUUCUUUUGAAGCUCAGUUACCUUCAGCGGUUAGGAAGCGUAAAAAGGACCCUCCUAAAGAUGCCACUUGGUUAUUUCAACAUGCAAAAGCGACUUCUGCUUAUAACAAUGAUCUCGCGAAAAAUCUCACACAAAAACAAACGACUGGCUAUUUUGAGCCGCAUUCUAAUUUACUUCAUGUUCCUCAAAAUUCGCAACCAUCUCGAACUGAGUGGACUCACAUUCCUCACGACCAAGAGGAGUCCAUCGUUCCAAAACUGGAUGUCUUAGUAUCUUUGAAUCCAGAAAUAGCACCUCAGGUUUCAUUAAUAAAUGUUCCGUUUUCAGUUCUUGCUUCCUGUCCUCCUCAUGUGCAGGAGGCAAUUAAAAGGCGACAAGAACAAGAACUAUUACAAGCAAGAAUGAACGGUACUUUGUGGUAAUUGAAGGUCUUUUUCUUUUUUCUUUUUACAAACAAAGUUGAAAGUCUUUGAAACGAUACCCUGUUGAAACUCUCGGGUUUUGAUAUAGAAAAAUGAACAAGCAAGCAAGCAUACUUUCUUUGUUGUUGGUCAUUGAACGAUGUUACGUAUGGAAUUUGGUUAGUAUAUAGUUAAUGAAUUGUUUUAUAAAUUUUUGGUUAUGGA